AUGGCAGAACGAGUUAAACAUUCUGCAAGUAGAAGAGGACACCGUGCUCAAAUGACGAGACAGUUACAAAAAGCCACUGACAUCAUGUCCAAAGAUGACCCAUUGACGCAACAUGAAAAAGACGUUCUCAUCGCAACGCAUGAAGAUAUUACAUCAAGAUUGGAGCAGAUCAGAGCAUUGGAUGAAGAAAUUCUCAAAAGAGCCGACGAAACAGAGUUCGACAAUCUAUUUCUUGAUGCAGACAACUACGUCAUUGAUAUCAAAGAAAGAAUCGUGGAGAUAAGGAACUUCAUCCAACGCGCCGAUACACCAACAACGCCAACAACACAGACAUCAUCUGAAAUGUCAAGCACGUCGUUCACAAGUAACAACUCAGCGUCCAGAAGACGAACUGUAAAUCUACCUAAACUAGAUCUCGAAGAAUUUUCAGGUGAUAUUCUUUCUUGGCAAAGUUUUAUCGACACGUUUGAAGCAGCUAUAGACAAGGACGACAUGUUGGAUGAGGUAAAUAAAUUUCAAUACCUACGAGCACAUGUAAAGGGAGAAGCGGCUAAAGUAAUCGAGGGAUUACAACUGACAAACGAGAACUACAAACACGCCUUAGAAUUACUAAAACGACGUUACGGACUGAAACAUAAAAUACGAAAUGCAUAUAUGAAAGCACUUUGGGAAUUGCCAAAACCGUCUAAUGACUUAUCCUCACUAAAGUUUUUCUACGACAACAUGGAGAGUUACAGAAGAGGCUUAGAAGCACUUGGGAAGAGCGAAGACUCGUACGGAGAUUUCCUCAUACCUAUCAUCCUAGAAAAACUUCCAGGAAAUUUCCGUCGAAUCAUCACUCGCGACCAUGGAACCGACGAUUGGUCAUUUAAAAAUCUACGUGAAUCUGUGUGUAAGGAGAUCGAAGCAAUGGAGGCUGGCAAAAUCUCUAACAAUUCCGUAUCGUCUUUCGCCUACAACGAAUCGCCUAUGCGUAAUGUACAGUUCUCUGCUCAAGCACUUCACACCAACACAAAAACUCGCAAACCAGAUUGUGUUUUCUGCAGUAAUUCACAUCGUCCCUUCGAUUGCACGAACGUAACCGACCAUAUGCAACGCUUCGAGAUCAUCAAAACGAAAGGACUAUGUUUUAAUUGUUUAAGCAAAGGACACUCUUCGCGAUCUUGUCAAUCUGUCUUUAAAUGUCGGAAAUGCGACAGCAAACACCACACUACGAUUCAUCAUGCGUUCAAACAAUCGCCAAAACUAUCGAAACCAGACACUUCAAGCAAUACCAACAGCCAGAAAAUCCACGCUAAUUCUGUGUCAACCGACCUUCAAUCAACUAGCGGCAACGUACUUCUCAAAACGGCGAUUACUCAAGUCUACUCGGAUAAAGCAUCGGCCGACGCAACAAUCCUAUUUGACGAAGGAGCUACAAGAUCGUUUAUCUCUGAGAAAUUAGCCGAACAUUUACACCUGACGCCAGACGGACAAACAUCGGUCCAAAUCUCCACCUUUGGCAAUAAGAAAUCUGCGCCGAAAAGGCUCAAUUACGUAACGUUGACGGUAAAAACAACAUGGGGGCCCGAUAUAUCAAUAUCUACGUUAAUUGUUCCUGAAAUCUGCAAUCCAAUUAACAAUCAUAUUUGUCCAGCUGUACUGAAUUUACCGCACAUCAAAGGACUCCAGCUAGCGCAUCCUGCUGUAAACCAUAAAUAUUUGAACAUAUCUCUUUUGAUUGGUGCCGAUCAUUAUUGGUCAUUCGUGGGCGACAAAACCAUCAAAGGCAACGGGCCGACCGCUGUUUCAUCUCGUUUGGGUUACCUACUCUCUGGACCAACGUCACGUGAUGCGUCAUUCCCAACUGACGUCACCAGCUUUCACGUGAACGCAUAUUCACCAACUGACGAUCCCGUAACUAAACUCUGGGAUUUUGACACCAUUGGCAUUCGUGAACCUGCCAACACGGACUCUACUGAUGACAAGGCAGACGAAUUCGAAACGUUUUGCGAACAGAAUAUCGAACAACGCGACAAACAAUACUUUGCCCGACUUCCCUGGAAAGAAAAUCACCCGGUAUUACCAACAAAUAGGCGGAUCGUCGAAAAACGAACACGUCAUAUGGUACGUAAGCUUCCAUCCGAUUUACUUCCUGUUUACGACCGUAUUAUAAAGGAGCAAGAACACCGUGGGUUUAUUGAACGACUGGACUCCGAUAAUCCGAAUCAAGGGCACUACCUUCCUCACCAUGCCGUCAAAAAGGACUCCCCCACUACACCAAUUAGGAUUGUCUAUGAUUGCAGCUGCAAUACUUGUCAAACUCCGAGUCUUAACGACUGUCUCGAUAAGGGUCCCAUGUUACUUAAUGAUUUAGCAGGUAUAUUGCUAAGAUUCCGUACGCAUCCGAUAGCCUUGGUCAGUGAUUUGGAGAAAGCAUUUUUACACGUGGCUCUUCAUGAAGAGGACAGAGAAUUUACAAAGUUUCUAUGGCUUUCGGAUCCGACCGACACAGAAAGUGACUUUAUUGUCUUCCGUUUCUUAUCUGUUCUUUUUGGAUCAGUCGCCAGCCCCGCCAUUUUAAAUGCUGUUAUUCAAAAACACCUACAAAUGUUUGACACUAACACCGCCAGGGAUCUACGCGAACAUAUAUAUGUCGACAACGUUCUAAGUGGUGCAAAGAAUGACGUCGAUGCUAUUUCGUACUACAACGACGCCAACGAUUUGACUACUUCCGCUGGGUUCAAUCUCC